AUGGUCGUACGGGCCCUUCCUUUCAUGUCGUUUGCCACCGUCAUUGACAAUCCAAUCCCUACGAAAGAUGGGAAGCUCAAUACCCCCCUGUCCCAGUCCAGUGACAAGCUUCCUUUCGAGGACGACUAUAACGAUGCUUUUGCCAAAAUUCUACGAGACGAGUUGCACUACACUGUUUCAACCCCUAAAGGCACAACCAGAGGAAAAACUGAUUUCGUUGUAACCUACGCCGACAACAAGACUUGCGCCCUCGAGUCCAUCAUGACGCCUGUACAGGAUCAGGUGGGUAUUCUUUGUUUUUGA